CUCUUUCUCCUGUCCAACUCUAACAAUGCGCCAUCUCGUUGCCAGCUCUCUGCUGGCCAGCGCAGCAGCGGUCAACCUCCCGCGACACCAUCUUCAGAUCCGCCAAUCCUCCAACACCACCCGAACCGCGCAUACGAUCCCGCUGACGGCGACGCUCUACGGCUCACGCUACAAUGCGCCCGUCACGAUCGGCAACACCGAAUUCGACCUGCUCGUCGAUACCGGCAGCAGCGACACCUUCGUCAUUGAAACCGGCUACGAAUGUUUCGGCCAGUCCGUGUACACUGGCGAUAUCGUCACGGCCGAGCAGUCGCAGUGCGCCUAUGCCUCUGAGACCUAUAACCCCAGCGAAAGCGAUACCUUCGAGCCGAUCAACAACGAGACGUUCAUCGCCGCGUACGGCGCCGGCGUCGCGACCGGCUCAAUGGCCUAUGAGGAUAUCACUCUCGGCGGGGUGACGGUCACUGACCAGCGUUUCGGGUUGGUGAACAGGUCCUCGCCCAUGGGGCUGGGCGCCAGUGGGAUCCUGGGUCUUGCGUACCCGGUGAUCACGUCGGCAUAUGAAGUCAACGGCACCCUGGAAGACUACGUCGACGAUCUCGCAGAGGACCUCGAUGAUGAUGAUGUGGACACGUCCAUCGAACAGGAACCGUACAGCCCGCUGUUCGUGAAUAUGGCGCGGCGCGGCCUCGUCGAGCCGUACUUCUCGCUCGCGCUGGAGCGACUUGACGGCGACUCUGAGACUGGCGACGGCGGCGUGCUAGUUCUGGGUGGGCUACCGGACGUCAAGCUCGCCAACAACUUCACCACCGUUGCGGCCGAGUACUACGAGGCGGCCGAGUUCCGAAGCGACAACGGCACCAGACUGCGCUCGUACUGGGCGACGACCGUGCAGAGGAUUAGCUACGGCGGCGACGGCGAGUACACCGCGUCUUACCAGACGAUCGUCGACUCGGGCGCUCCCAUGAACUAUGUCCCAACCGAGGUCGCCGACGGGUUCAACCAGGCGUUCAGCUCGUCCGCCCAGUGGGAUGACACACAGGGUGCCUACCGCGUCGACUGCGACGCCAACGCCCCCGACUUUGCCGUACAGCUGGGCGGAACCACCUUCAAGCUCAACCCGACGGACCUGGUCCUGCGGUCGGGCGUCGAGUUUGGCGGCGAGGAGAUUUGUGUCUCUGCCGUUACGCGCGGACUGGAGCAGCAGAUCAACGAGACUGAUACCACGGAACUGUACAUCCUGGGCGCGGGAUUCCUCAAGGGGGUCGUGGCCGUGUUUGACUUUGGCAACUCAGAGAUGCGCUUUGCCGAGAGGGAUACGAGCGCUGCUUCUGUGCUGGAGGUGUUUGGGGGCCGGAAGUUGGCCGUUGUUCUGGGGGUGAUGUUCGCUUUGUUGAUCUAAUGGAUUCUGAAGUCUUCAAGGUUUUCUUUUUCUCUCUGUGUAUUUAAUAUAUGAGCAUCGGUACAUGUACAUAGCACAUCAUAUGCACGGGACAUGUCUAAU